CAAAACGGAAGUGUAAAUAAUAAAAAUGUUUUGAUUAAAGUUAAUAUUGAAUCGUUUCAUUAACACUAGAAAGAAUCGUGUUUCAAGUUAAAGAGGACGAAGGAACGCCCAUGGAAAUCAACCUGGUCGGCACCAUAAUACUGGGACUCAUCUUCAUCGUCAUUCUCGUCGUCGGCAUCUUCGGCAGCAAGAGAGCGUCCAAAAGCAUCACUCACGAGGCUGGCCUGGUGGCCAACAGGAGUCUGGGAUACUUCCUCUCGACUGCUAGCCUCACAGCGACCAUCGCCAGCGGAAGUUUCGUCCAUGGCUCAGGUGAAAGGUCAACAUUUGCUGGCCUUGAACAGGCUCAGGCUGCUCUGGGCGUUUUCCUGGCGCUGUUGCUGGGAGCCUUCACCUUCGUGCCGAAGAUGAGAAGCGAGUGCUACAUCACGAUAUUUGAUCCGUUUCAACUCAAGUAUGGCAAGAAAGUCGGCGCCAUCUUGAUUCUCCCCCACAUCUUUGGCGAUAUUAUCUGGUCGGCUGCUCUGUUGGCUACUUUUGGUCAGACCACCUCUGUCGUGCUGGACAUGAACGCCUCCACUGCCAUCAUCAUGUCGUCGUCCAUCUCCGUCACCUACACUGGCAUCGGCGGCUUGUUCUCUGUCGUCUACACUGACGUCAUCCAGCUCUUCUUCAUCGUCUUCGGCAUGGCGACUUGCGUGCCUUUUGCCCUGACCCACCCAUCGGUCAACUUGUCCAGCAUUAGAGACAGCAGCUGGCGGCGAGUACAGGACAGCCCCAUCCUCUCAACCAUUGACGUGUGUCUCUUGUACAUUUUCGGCAACAUCACAUGGCAGUGCAUAUACCAAAGAUCGUUGUCCAGCGCGACAGUGAAAACAGCGAAGGUGUCGGCCAUCGUCUCCAGUGUACUGUGUCUGGCACUGGGUGCCACGCCCAUACUGCUGGGCUUGGCGGGUACUGCGGCAGACUGGAAUAUGACUAGCUACUCUGGCUCGGCGAAGUCAUUAGAACAAAAGUCCAUUAUGGCUUUGGCUUUAACCUACUUAACACCACUGCCGACGACAAUUUUAGGAAUCAGCGCCCUCGCGUCCUCGGCUAUGGCGUUGUGUGACUCGUGCGUCCUGUCGUCCAGCUCCAUCCUCACCAAAAACAUUUACGCCGAUAUCUUCCGGCCCCAGGCUACAGAAAGAGAGUUAAUGUACGUCUUGAGAAUCAGCAACUUUAUCAUUGGAUUUCUAAGCACAACGAUUGCGAUUUAUGCCAGCCAGCCCUGUAGCCUGUUCGCUCUGUCUUCUGAUCUGAUGUACAUUGUUUUGUUUCCCCAACUCACGCUUGUCCUCUGGCUGUCCGCCUCUAACGCUUACGGCAGUCUUGCAGGCUUCGCGAUUUCUCUACUGCUGCGACUGCUGUGCGGGGAGCCGUUGCUGAACUUACCGGCUUAUUUGAAGCUGCCAUUUUAUGACGAGCUCGCGCAGAAGCAAAUGUUUCCAAUGCGGACCUACUGUAUGCUAAUGGGCGGUUUAUGCGUUGUUGUCGUCUCCGUGGUUACCAAUAAGUUAUUUGUGGACCAAUAUCUGCCGAGAAAAUACGAUUUUCUGGAAUGUUACAAGAAAAGAACAAUCCAACGUGCACACAGCGAUUAUGAUUUUGAUGAGGAAUAUAAAGAUAUGUCGAAAAAAUUAGCCAUGCAGGAUAUAAAUACACUGAGUAUGUAUCUAUAGACGAAUGAGCCAAUGAUUUAGGGGGCGUGGCUAGAUGUGCCGCACGUUUAUGUAAUGUUAGUCACCAUGUUUCACAUGACUGAUUAAAAAACUA